UGCAUGUUUUUGAAAGCAGAAACUGCAGCAGCAUUCAUUUAUCAUAUUUUUCGUCUCCCUCCAUUCCUCUGUUGCCUACACGCAAAAUAUUUUCCUCUGAAAAUCAAGUUUCUCUCCCUAACUUCAAUUAAAGCUGUUAAUUUCCCUCUAUUUUUCUUUCCAUUUCAGCUCGGUUGCGUCUUAGGGUUUCCAAUUCCGGCUAAGGAAGGGUUAUUAAGCUGCAUUUGAUCCACCACUACUUUCUCAUCGCAUCGCAACUCCUAUUCCUGCGCUGUUCUGGAUGCGAUUUGGACGGGAUAAAUGGCUUCGAUUCGGAGAACUUUAUCGCCGUAUAACGUUCGUGCCCAUCAGAACGGAGCCAAUACACCAUUUUCGCCGCAAUCGCCGUCGCAGAAGCAGUUUCCGCAAGGAAAAACGACUUUCUCUCCACUUCGUAGAUUCGUUGCCGGAGUCUUCUUCCGGAAGCACCAGACUCGGAAGAAUUUUCAGUUUUCCUGGAAUAAAUCGCUUCUCCGGUGCUUCAUGUGUUUCUUCUUAGGGCUUUUGCUCGGCAUGGCGCCGUUCAAUAGCGAUUUUAGUGAAUUACGGCAAGGGGAUUUGAGGAAGACCGAUUUCUCGUUCGAAAUGAAGCCGGAGGCGGUGAGUGUUCAGAAGAGUGCGGGCGAUUUAGCUUCUAUUGAGAAGUUAAAGGAGAAUGAUUUGUUGGUCGGUGCUGUUGAAUUAGGAGUGGUUGAGAAGAUUGAUAAAACUGAUAUGAAGAAGGUUUUGGAUUUUGUGGCAGGCAAACAAUUGAUUGUGGUGAGUCCAACUUAUAGCAGGGCUAUUCAGGCAUACUAUUUGAAUAGGUUAGGGCAGCUCUUGAGACUGGUCAAACCGCCAGUUUUGUGGAUUGUGGUAGAGAUGAACGAGGCAUCCGUGGAGACUGCAGAGAUGUUGAGAAAUAUGGGCAUUAUGUAUAGACAUUUGGUUUGUGUGCAAAAUAAUACAGAUGUAAAGGAUAGGGGUGUGCACCAGCGGAAUACGGCACUUGAACAUAUAGAGAGGCAUAGACUCGACGGGUUGGUGUAUUUUGCUGCUGAUGAUAAUAUUUACUCGCUUGAGCUAUUUGAGAGCAUGAGAGAAAUCAGUCGUUUUGGUACUUGGCCCGUUGUCAUGCUGGCUCAAAGCAAAAAUAAAGCAAUACUGGAAGGCCCUGUCUGCAAUGGAAGUCAAGUAAUAGGAUGGCACACAAAUGAGAAGAGUAAAAGACUCCGGAGAUUCCAUGUGGAUAUGGCUGGUUUUUCCUUCAAUAGUAUUAUAUUGUGGGAUCCCAAGAGAUGGCAUCGACCAACUUCAGGUCCUAUCAGGCAGUUAGACACAGUAAAAGAGGGUUUCCAAGAGACAACUUUCAUAGAACAGAUCGUGGAAGACGAGAGUCAGAUGGAAGGUAUUCCUCUAGGUUGUAACAGGAUAAUGAAUUGGCACCUUCAUCUAGAAGCCCAUGGACUUGCUUUUCCUAAGGGCUGGGUACUGCCGAAGAAUCUUGAUGUAGUUAUUCCUUCCAAGUGAUAUAAUUUGUUCCAAUGGGAUUACACGACUCAUGUUUGGUCUGGAGGUGCAUUAUCUGUUGGAGGUGAUUGCUGACUUGAAGCCAAAUCAAUUCGGCUCGUCCCCAUUUUAAAGCAGGAGACUUGCCCUCCAAAGGAGACUCGUAACGGGAACUGCAACAGGCCCUACUUCCAUUCAGGGACGGAACUAGAAAUUUAGGUAAGCCGGGGCUGAAAUAUAAAAAUUAUUAAUAAUAUUAAUAAUUCAUUUUCUGAGCCAAUUAGUAAACUACCUAAUUGAGCGUAGAUAAAAAAAACAAAAUGAAUAAAAUUUUACUAAAGAUAGUAUUUCAUUUGAUGAACAAAGUAAAAUAUAUUUUCCAUCCUUGGAUAUGAUAAUUAAAUUACUGUUAAAAAUCAUAUGCAUUUAAUUUCAAAUUAGUAUCAAAAUAAUGCGUUUAAUAAAUAUUUCCCAUCCUUGGCGUUCAAAACCAUAGUUUUUAUUUGAAAAAGAUAAAAAAGAAAAUAAAUAAAGAAAGAUGCUUAUUCUAAUAAAAACAUAGUUUUGUACACUUAAAUACCAAAAAAAACAUCUUGUACAUGUAUGUGAUGAUUGAGAAAAAAAAUAAAAAUUCAUAGUUUAUUAUACUGAGUUUGAGAUAAAUAAAUAAGUAUUAUGGAAACAUGCAAAUUAAUCUGUUAAUUAUAUACACAAUAUUAGUGUUUAAUAUUAAUACUAUUAUUCAACAAAAAAGAGUGCAUCUUCGAUUAUAUCAUUGUUUUAAUUUAUUUAAGAAAUAUAUGUACACACAAAACGGAAAGUGGACCCCUGCGUGACAGCUGUAAAGUAAAAUGCUUAAUUGUUUUUUAAGUUUAACUCUCCCCUUUUCCCUUUUUUGGCUUUCACUCUCUCUCCUUCCCCCUCUUCUGUCUGCAUAAAAUUAAAACUCGCCGCAGCUGAAACAAAAACAGUGACGGCCAUGGUGAAAGUUCUGCGACCGGGACCGGCCAAGCCACCGCUGGAGCGGUGGCUUGGCCCACUGUGUCUCCGUCCCUGCUUCCAUUUAUAAUUUUUUCUUACCUUUGAGAACUCUGCUGAAACAACACUCAUUUUUGUGGUAUAGCUUCUAUACGUAUUAAGAGGGCCUGUCGGGGGAGGAUGCACGUUCCUAUGGUGUUGUGGGUGUGUGAAAUAGGAGUUGGUGAUUGCAGUAAUAUAGGAAUAGAGCCUCACAUGAGGUGACAGUUUCUUUGUCCAUAUUGUCUGUAGCCCUUUUUAUGGUGUUUUAAUACCAGUCAUACAGGAAUUGUCAUUUUAUUUAUAGGAAAAAGACUGAGUUUACCUUCAAAAUGAUAGUGGAAGAAAGCCAUUUACCAUAUGAUGAAAUUACUUGCUACUCUCCAUACCAAAAAUGUAAUUAAGUCAUUUCUUCUCUUUUUUUGCUGUCAUGUAUUUUAUUCUUUUUCGUACUUUA